UCUCAGAUAUUCCCAGCCUGGUUAGUCGCAAGACAACAGUAAAAAAAUUAAAGAGUUUUCAUAUAACAAAAAAUCUGAAAAAAUUACCAAAAUUUUGUAAGUUUGUAAGUGUUAGUUUUGGGCCAAUAUGAAGAGCGGAGAUCCGUCAAAUGCCAAGUUAGAGAUCGUAGUUGAUCGCAAUGAUAUUGUGGAAACGUUGGCCUCCCCGCAAGGCUCUAAGGUACGAAGUUCUGUCUUUCAUACCAAGCAACCACCAUCCUGGGAGUUAUGGUGCGAACGUAACUCGAAGCCGGUCAAGCGACCAAGGCCUCAUUAUUCCCACUGUCCUACCCGGUGGCAGAAGGCUGGACCCAUGACCAAGAAGGAGUGGAAGAACUUUUACGGCUGGGCUCUCGAACGGGCACUUCCACGGGAACGUGAGCUGCCAAAACCGGAGAAGGAGCCUUGUCCUGCGGAAUACAUGCCUUGUGGCCGACCGAAGCGUCAUCUGGACAAAGAUCAGAUGGAGGAGAGAAUGAUGAAGUUGGCAACGCCCCGAAAGAUCACCGAGAAGUACAAAAAGCCAGACAACUCGCCCGCGUACUCCCCUAUGAUCUCUUGGGGCGUCAUGCCACAUCGCGAUCCAGGAAGACCCUUCAAGCCACCACGCGUCCCGUGCUGUUUUCCAAAUGAUGAGAUCGAGGCAGAAUUCUGGUCUCAGCUACGGUUUCGUGUCCGCCGUGCCGCCCUCUUGGGCCAGGCCUCACCGCGCCUUAUGAAUCUGUCCAAGCCCCGGAUAUACCCCACUCCGAGGAGGCCAAUAGGACCCUUGGAUAUUGAACCGCCACCGAGAAAGAAAUUCACAAGGAAAGGAUGGCAACAGCAUCAGCUCCGAUUGCUAUAUCUAUCCCAACCUGUGUCCCGGACAGCAGCAGAAUUUUAUUUCUAUACAGGGUGUCUUUGUUGUGCCCAUAAUGCUACUGGAGUUUGAUUUUGAAUUGUAUUUCGUUCGUGUAUUGUAAUUAGUAAACUAACGUCUAAACUUCGGCUAAA